AUGAAUGCUAUUAAGGAGGAGGAUGAUAUACCAGGAUCUCCAGAAAAUGCUGUCUUUAUUACACCAUAUAUGGAUACAGACCGCAAUUUAUCGUCAAUAGAUCUAAAUCUGGCACCCCCAUCAGGGUCUCAGUUGAGACCAUUCCUGGCAUCACCCACAUUCACUAGGGCGAACUCUGCAUUUUACUCCAACAAAGAGGGAAACAAUUCUAGUUCCAGUAUAAUAUAUAACCCUUCUUUCACAUUUGGAAAUUCGAACAAUAACAGUAAUACAGAAAGCAUACCUACAAAUGCUUCUAGCAGUAAAGAACAUAGAAGAAGCGUGUACAAAUAUAUUCCUGAAAGUAAACUCCCUCCUCCACCUUCUAGAAGCAGAUCUCCAGUUAAAAACUCACCAUCCGAGGCAAUAAUACCUCCAAGCAAUCAUGUAUCCAAGAGAUCUUCGGUAACCUUAGAAUCGCCGUUUAACUUUCCUAGCACCACAAUGAAUGAUCAGAGAACACAUCAACAAAAUAUCUCUGUUUCAACAACUACAAGGACCUCUUUUCGUAAAGGGCAUAGAUAUAAGCAUUCUUCUGUUUCAAUGAAUUUUUUCCAGGAACCAGAAGUGAAAAUACCAUUGAACAUUGCCAAAUCAUUACCAAUCCCUGAUUUUAAUGAUCUUUUACAGAACUUAUCAUGGCCAAAGACGCACAUUCAAUUGGCUCUGGUUCUUUUACAGAUUAUAAUUUGUUCUUUAACUUUUCAGAUAGGCCAUUACAAAUCUUGGAGCAACUUUAUAACAUUAUCACAUUUCAUCACGUAUGACAUUAUUGGUUCCCUUGCAAUUAUCUGUGUCGAAACAUUAUCUCAGUUUGAAGUCUGGUUCACAGCAACCAUUACUUUACCCUUUGGCCUGAACAGAAUUGAUGUAUUAUUAAGUUUUGGGCUAGCUGUUUCCUUAUGUUUUGUGGGCUUAGACUUGUUAUUUCAUGUGUUAGAAGAAGUAAUAGUACUUUUCGUGGAAAACACUAAAAUUGACAAUCAUGAUGAAAUCAAUUCACAAAUUCCCCACUCUCACCACAUGUCAUCAUCUGCUGCUGCUGACCCCCAAUCUUUAAUUGCGAAUAACUUUUCCCUAUGGUAUUCAUUCCUGGCGAUAAAUUUAUUCAUUUCCACGAUGUCAUUAUUCAAGAUAUUUUUCAGCAAUAAGCAUAGCAAACUGAAAACAAAAAACCCCAUAAUCACCAUAACCUACACCAUUUAUCUUUUCUUUUAUCCAACAGUUUUUGAAACUCUGUUAGAUUUUGCUGAUUAUUUCGCUACAGUUCUAAUCGCACUUUUUAUUUUGAUCCAUGGGCUCACAAUUGUCGAAUGGACUUCAACAAUAUUACUGAUGGGGUUCUCAACAGUAGCAUUACCCAGUAGUUUACCAUUGAUAGAUGAAGAGGAAGAAAUUAAUGUCGACAGUUCGAAGGAUCGUAAAAAAUUAUUGAAUUCAUUACCUAUCUCAAGAGAUUUGACUAAAACGAAUAGACAUGAACUCUUUCAGAUUAAUAAGGACAACAAUAAUGACGCGACGAACGUUAAAAUGUUUUUAAAAGAGAGUAUCGAAAGCCUUGAGGAAUUCAAGAGUAGAUGUGAUUUAAAUUAUGAAGACCUCACUAUUAUCAAAGUUAAUUUUAGUCUGUUCAUAAUAUUGGUAAAAGUGACAUUAAAGGGUGGAUCGAACGAUGAUGAACUGAAGCUGCGCCUGGCAAUACAUAACUGUGCAAGAAAUGUAUUGCCUACAUGUGAAACUACAAUUGAAAUUGAUAGAUUAUAG